AUGCAAUCCGAGGUUGAUUCACCAAAACAACGAAUUUCUGAGCUCGAAGCCAAAAAUGUCGAGCUUUUAAAACAGGUUAUGGAAGAGAGCAUCAAACGCGAAGCUGAGAAUCCAUUCUGA